AGUUUGUCUGUAGUUCCAGUUGUACGAGUAACGUUUGUUGUGUCGUGAGUUCGAAACAACCGUCUCGACGUAUCAAUUGAGAUCUCGACGGUGGCUCUCGAUCCGCCACCGUCUGAUCUCCUCCUCCUCCGCAUCACACGACGGCCUUUCGAGAUCUGACGUCUCUCUCUAGUUUCAGUUCUUCUUGGACUAAAGGAGUACCGGAGAGAUAUGGCAGUCAACAAUUGGCAUAAGGAGCUUAUAUAUGACAACUGGGUACCAAUCACUGUAUCUGGUGCAAGUCCAGCUGCUCGCUACAAGCAUGCUGCAGCAGUGGUUGAUGAAAAAUUAUACAUUGCUGGUGGGAGUCGUAAUGGUCGACACUUAUCUGAUGUUCAGGUUUUUGAUUUAAGAAGUUUGACGUGGUCUACUCUGAAACUAAAAGCAAAUGUCGGAAAAGAUGAUGACAAUAGCUCGCAGGAGAUUCUUCCAGCCACAUCUGGUCACAAUAUGGUUAGGUGGGGGGAGAAACUGCUUCUUCUUGGUGGCAAUUCAAGGGUUUCUUCUGCUGAAUUUACAGUUCGAUACAUUGAUAUCAAAACAUGCCAGUUUGGAGUUAUUGAGACUUCUGGAAGUGUUCCAGUAGCCCGUGUGGGACAGUCUGCAACACUGGUUGGUUCAAAAGUGAUAUUGUUUGGUGGAGAAGAUAUGAACAGGAAGCUGUUGAAUGAUGUCCAUGUUCUCGAUCUAGAAAGUAUGACUUGGGAAAUGAUAACGACUACGCAGAAACCUCCAGCUCCUAGAUACGAUCAUUCAGCUGCUAUUCAAGGAGAGCGAUACCUUCUGAUUUUUGGUGGUUGUUCUCAUUCUGUCUUUUUCAAUGAUCUCCAUUUGUUAGACAUGCAAACAAUGGAGUGGUCCCAACCACAAACUCAAGGUGAUUUAGUUUCUCCUAGGGCUGGACAUGCUGGUAUCACUAUUGAUGGAAGCUGGUUUAUAGUUGGUGGCGGGGAUAAUAGAAGUGGUUGCCCUGAGACCCUUGUGUUCGACAUGUCUAAGCUUGUUUGGUCAGUAUUGACUGUUGUGAAGCAAAAGGAUCCACUUUCUAGUGAGGGUCUUAGUGUCUGUUCAGCACUGAUUGACGGAGAAAAGUAUCUGUUAGCUUUUGGAGGCUAUAAUGGGAGGUAUAGCAAUGAGGUUUUUGUUAUGAGACCCAAGGCAAAGGACACCGUGCGUCCCAAGAUUUUCCAAUCACCAGCUGCUGCUGCAGCUGCAGCUUCUGUUACUUCAGCUUAUGCAUUGUCUAAAUCUGAGAAGUUGGAUUUCAUGCAACUAGAUGAUAUAAAUUCCAAGUCAUCUGUAAAUGGUCAUCCUAAAGAUGAUGUCACAGAUAAAAUUGAAGCCAUUAAAGAAGAAAAGCGGUUAUUGGAAUUGUCAAUUGCAGAAGUCAGGGCUGAAAAUUCUAAACUUGGAGGCGAGAUAGAGGAAAUUAAUAAUAAUCAUACUGAGUUGACCAAGGAACUCCAAUCAGUCCAGGGACAACUUGUGGCCGAGAGAUCAAGAUGCUUUAACUUGGAGGCCAAAAUUGCAGAACUCCAGAAGAUGCUGGAAUCAAUGCAGUCUGUGGAAGAUGAGGUACAGGCUCUCCGUGAAAAGAAGUCUGCUCUGGACCAGGAGAUGGAGCUCGCUGCAACAGCUCAGAGCCAGGGUUCUGGUAGAGUUUGGCGAUUGUUUGGUGGGGGUGAGAAAUGAGAACUAUGUAGCCAUGAAAGCAAUGUCAACUAAAAGUGGCUUAGAGUUGAGUCUCUGAGGAACCUCAAUAGGUUAUAUAUAUAUAUAUAUAUAUAUAUAUUUUUUUUUUUUUUUCAUGCUGAAAAUGACAUUUUCUCGUUACAGAACUUUUACGGUGUCAUCUUUUGAGUUGAAAUGCAUGAUGGACCCCAAUUUUUAAGGACUGAAAUCUGAAACUUUCGAGAGAUGGGUACAUGAGUUUUUUGUAUUUGUAAUUUGUACCUUAACAAGUUUACUUUUGACUGAUUCUUUUCAUACUCAAGUGUCCAUUAAAUUCUAUAGAUUAAUCUUUUAUUUUAUUC